CAGCACGCACCUGCGUAUGGCGUGCAGUUUCCCCGAUAGACUUUAGUACUUUGGUGGCGGAUGUGUUUACGCUGUAGCGCUGUUGUUAAAGACCGUCCUGCGUACCUGUACUUUUCACUUUUUUACUCAUGACAGGAUUUCAGGUCACAAAGUCUGCAAUGUGACGGCUCGUCGGACUGAGAUGAACUGAACAACUGUCGGCAGCAAAGGACAUUUUACACAAGACAAGACAGAGAAGAUAAGGAGAUGGACCACACUCGUAAAUCCACCAGGCGAUCACCAAGAGAAAAAGGCGCGAAUGGAAGGAAAGGCGACAACUGGACAGAGACGAAGCUGAGGGUACGAAUGGAGAAGGCAGGCUCCUCUAAGGAACUGGACCUCUCGCACGAGUCUCUCACACGAAUACCUCCCGCUGUUUUCAGCCUGAAUGACGUGGAAGUGCUGGACGUGUCCGACAACCCUCUAGGCUCCGUGCCGGUGGACAUCGCGAGUCUUUCUCACCUGAAGGAGCUCAGAGCCGCCGGAUGUGACGUCAAAGAGGUCAGUGGGAACAUCUCAAGGUGCACUUACCUGGAAAAGGUGGACCUGUCCAGAAACCCCGGCCUAGCCUCGCUGCCGGCCUCCAUGAAGCAGCUCCGGUACCUGAAGCACGUUGGUUUGAGCGGCUGUGAGCUGAAGACGCUUCCCGAGAAUCUGACCCUCCUGGUGACCAUGGAAACCCUUGACCUGUCUCAGAACGAGCUGACGUCACUUCCGCCCGGCAUGUCGGCGCUCAAGCGGGUUAGAGUCCUCAUCAUCAGUGAUAACGCCUUUCGGACUAUCCCAGAACCUGUCUUGUCUUUGGGCCGCCUGGAGUGUCUGGUGAUGAAGCGGAACAAGCUCAAUAACAGCCGGGGGGACCUGAAGCUUAGCGUCCCUUCACACUUAAAGACAUUGGAUAUGGAAGGCAACUAUUCCUUGUGGUGUUGCCAGAAGGGUUGGAAAAUCUUGAGAACAUUGAGGAACUGAACGUUAGCUACUGUGGGCUUGAGGCGCUGCCGGACUCCAUCGGGCAGCUGGCCACAGUAAGGCGGAUUCACCUCGCCGGGAACAAACUGCGCGCGCUUCCAGCAAACCUCGGGAAUCUCCUCAAUCUGGAGACCUUGGACCUGGAGGGGAACCGCCGGCUGGCGGGUCUGCCGCUCUCUCUGUAUCACCUGAGGAAGAACCUGCGGGAUAAGCAGACAGGAACAAACACCGGCCUCAUCCUGGACAACUGCCCGGCACUGGCGCUACCCGAGGCCGAGGUCGCCCAGGGAAACGUCGUGUCCGUUCUCGUUGAGCUGCUGUCAGAGGAAAUCAUCAGCAAGACUUCGGUCGGCGUCGCUGCGGAGGUUGUGGAAGACACGAUCAUCGAGGGCCUGGCAGACCACGUGGUGGCCGCGACGGAGGCACGUGUUUGGGAUGACGUAAUGUCGGACGUCACCUGCGUUGUAAUCGCUGACAUGGAGUGUUCGGAGGA